AUGGCUCAAGUCGACACCCUGGACAUCAUUGUCCUCGUGGUGCUCCUGCUGGGCAGCAUCGCCUACUUUACGAAGGGAACUUAUUGGGGCGUGGCCAAAGAUCCGUAUGCCACGUCUGCCCUCAAUGGCAGUGCCUCCAAGAAGGGAUCCCGGAAUAUUGUGGAGAAGAUGGAAGAGUUGGGGAAAAACUGUGUCAUUUUCUACGGCUCUCAGACUGGUACCGCAGAAGAUUAUGCCUCGCGUCUGGCCAAGGAAGGACAUGCUCGAUUCGGACUGAACACCAUGACGGCCGACCUAGAAGACUAUGACUACGAGAACCUUGAUACCUUCCCCGAAGAUAAAGUGGCGUUCUUUGUCCUGGCCACCUAUGGCGAAGGCGAGCCCACAGAUAACGCCGUCGAGUUCUGGGAAUUCAUUAACAGCGAUCCCCCCCAAUUCUCCCAGGGCGAGGAGGACAAGCCCUUGAAAAACCUGAAAUAUGUAGCGUUCGGGCUCGGCAACAACACAUAUGAACACUACAAUCUCAUGGUUCGCAAUUUGGAUAAGCAAUUAACCAAGCUGGGCGCGAAGCGGAUUGGCGUCGCAGGCGAGGGAGACGAUGGAGCUGGCACCAUGGAGGAAGACUUCUUGACCUGGAAGGAGCCCAUGUGGGCUGCGCUCACCCAAGCUAUGGGCUUGGAAGAACGCGAAGCUGUCUAUGAGCCCGUGUUUAGUGUGGAAGAGAGAGACGAUCUUUCCCCGGAAAACGACACCGUCUAUCUUGGAGAGCCUAACAAGAAUCACCUCGAAAACACCCAGAAGGGGCCGUACAACGCCCACAACCCGUUCAUCGCUCCCAUUGCCGAAUCCCGAGAGUUGUUUACCGUCAAGGAUCGAAACUGUCUUCACAUGGAAAUCGAUGUCUCGGGCUCCGGCCUCUCUUAUACAACUGGUGAUCACAUUGCCGUUUGGCCUACCAAUGCAGGCUUAGAGGUGGACAGAUUCCUCAAGACUUUCGGCCUGUACGAGAAAAAGGACAAGGUCAUCAGCAUGAAAGGUCUAGAUCCGACAGCCAAAGUCCCGUUUCCCACCCCGACAACCUACGACGCAGCCGUACGCUACCACAUGGAAAUUUGCGCUCCUGUCUCCCGUCAGUUCAUGGCCACGUUGGCCCCCUUCGCGCCUACCGAGGAAGCCAAGAAGGAAAUGGUCCGCCUGGGUUCGGAUGCCGACUACUUCAAAGAGAAGGUGUCCUCGCACAUGUUGAAUAUUGCGCAGGCCGUCUCUGCUGUGCACCCCGGCCCUUGGUCCGGUGUGCCUUUCUCUGCUCUGGUCGAAGGUAUCCAUAAACUUCAGCCACGGUAUUACUCGAUCUCAUCGUCCUCGCUUGUUCAGCCGAACAAGAUCUCUAUCACUGCCGUGGUCGAAUCUGUCCGUAUUCCAGGCGCUGGGCAUGUUGUCAAGGGUGUCACAACCAACUAUUUGUUGGCAUUGAAGCAGAAGCAGAACGGAGAUCCUGAUCCUGAACCACACGGUCUGAGCUACGCCAUUACCGGACCUCGCAACAAGUACGACGGUAUCCACGUUCCGGUGCAUGUCCGUCACUCCAACUUCAAACUCCCCUCCAACCCUAGCAAACCUAUCAUCAUGGUCGGACCUGGUACCGGUGUUGCUCCUUUCCGCGGAUUCGUGCAGGAGCGCGCCGAGCAAGCAAAACAAGGUGAGGAUGUCGGAACGACUGUCCUCUUCUACGGCUGCCGACGACCAUCCGAAGACUGGCUGUACAAGGACGAAUGGGAGGAAUACAAGAAGGCUCUCGGAGACAAGCUGAUCAUUUUCAACGCUUUCUCCCGCGAAGGACCGCAGAAGGUUUACGUGCAGCAUCUGAUCCAGCAAAACGGCAAACUGAUCAACGACCUCCUUCAACAAAAGGCUAACUUCUACGUCUGUGGUGAUGCGGCGCACAUGGCCCGAGAAGUGAACGAUGUUCUCGCUCAGAUUAUCGCUGCCGAACGAGGGAUCGAUCAACAAAAGGCGGAACAAGUGGUCAAGAGCAUGCGCAGCAGUGGAGUGUACCAGGAAGAUGUCUGGUCAUAA